CAGACGGGGCGGCCACAUCACCUUUGGACGUGCGCGGCUCAGGCCCUCGGCGCCGCAUUCCGUCUUCCACACAAGGCCUGCUCACAGACCCGCUGGCGAGUCGUGCAUACACAGCAACUAGCGCAAGCAGAGUCGAUCGGCAGGUUGACAUCGUUCGUCGUCGUUACUAUUGCCGGAAGGACACCAUUUCGGAGGCAACGAAAUCCUUUCUGAACGUGUUUCGACGAAACACGUCCAAGUCGUACGAUCCGACACCCGCGUCUCCGAUGAAGUCGCCGCCGCCGUCGCCACAGUAUGCAUUCAACGAGCGAACGUCGACGACGCACUCGAUCACGGCGUCCCAGCGGCAUCUUCAUCACCCCCAUGUCCUCAGCAGCCCCAGCUACAACGAAAAGACACCGAAGAAGGAAAACCGAACGAUGUCCCAGAUCCGGAACGGCCUCCGCAGCAUCACACACAAAGCGUCAUCUCUCUUUGACGACGCAACCUCGUCGUCGUCGCGACGUCAACACCAUUCAUCCAGCCAAAGCGAACACUCUCGCACGAGCUCCCAGGUCACUUUGUGCCAAUCUCCCAGCGCAACGCCUGUCGUCGCCCUCCAUCUCGCAGGAAGUCCCAGGAUCAUCGACGACUCUGAAGACACACCCUCGUCUGACCAAACGACGACCUUAUUAUACAUUCGAGACUUGACCCCGGACCCUCGAAAACUCCUUCGCUGCCGAGGUAGCUCGGCGCUAGUACGCAGUGUGAUUCGAGCCAACAUGAUCGACUGCAUGUCGUGCAAGUGGGCGUCGGGGUACUUUUCCUACGUGUCGUAUGGUGUUCGCCGAAAGCAACUGACCACGCUGGAAGCGAACUCAGUGCGGUGGCUCAUCUGCCAGUACAUCAUCCUCGAGGCGUCGCGGCGCAACGCCGUGCAGCAAGCUCUUCGCGACCAACUCACGAGAAAACUCACGGACUUUCGCAUUGCAGUGCAGUGCGUGUCUGGCAUGACAGUCGUUAAAUACGGCCGCAAGGGGAAACCGCACACGACGCAACUCAUCGUCGAGAACGCCGAUGUGAUUCGGUGGACGCCGAAGCUCGGCCACCAUUUGACGUCCAUGUUGCAGCAACAGAAGCAAAAGAGCAUCUCGCUGUCGACCGUGAUUUCCAUCCAGAGCGGCAUUAAGAGCGACGUGUUCCGCAAAGCUUUUAAGGAAGCCAAAGGCACGCUCGACCCGGCGUGCUGCCUGUCGCUGGUGACUCCCACACGGUCGCUGGACGUCGUCACAUCGAGCCGCCAGCAAUGCGACUGGCUCCAGCGCAGCAUCUCGCUCAUGGUGGCGCAGGCACAUGAGAACGAGAAGAAGGCGAGCAUGCAUGUGGAAACUACAAUCAUGAAGAAACUCGGCGGCAUGACCGUGUAUAAGCACGGCCGCAAGGGCAAACCACACAAAACCAACUUGAAUGUUGACAAGUAUGGCGAAAUCACGUGGAAAGGCAAGAGCGGCGGGGCGAUCUUGCUUCAGGAAGUGCAAGAGCUGCGACUCGGCCAUGCCACUGCCGUGUUCCGGCGACUACCACAAAAGGCCAACCCGAAGCACUGUGUCUCUCUUGUGACGGCGUCGAGGACGUUGGAUUUGGAGCUUCACUCGGAAAGCGAACGGGAUUACGUCGUCAUUGCGUUCCGAUAUCUCCUCAACAAGAUGCGAGAUCGCGCUCGGGAAGCCAAACGAAUGAAGGCCGAACGUGGUGUCCGUCUUCUCCAAGAAGCGUACCAGUAUCACGCGAGCCGCAUGCAGCUGCAAUCCCAACCAGUUGGUUACGACCUCGAACGAUACCCUGGCAGCAGUCCUCCACCAUCUCCCACGGCUGCAUCAUACUCGCAGUCCCCGUUUCCAUCGUCCCCGGUCGCACUGGAACGAUAUCCGCAAUCGCCAGCCAUGCUGCCUCCUCCUCCGUCGCCAUACUCUCAAGGACCGUACGCGGUGUCCCCCUCGUCAUCGUUCUCGUCACCGCAGUUCCAACUGGAAUCCAAGGUCCUCUCUCCACAUUCGUCCGCCAAGCCCAUACACGUCUCGAGGCUACCCCCCCACCAAUUCCCCACAUCCACGUCGUCCAUGCGGGUGAUGAAGCAGUCAUUAGUGCCGUCUGCUACCUCGUAAUCUAUACAUUUGUAACUCCACCGCGACCCCGUGCGUUCGGCACCGAUCUGUUGGCUUCA